AUGGAAUCUGAUUUAAUUUCAAAUGCUGGUGAUAUAAUCCUCAGUUUUUCCUUUCCAGGGAGUGAAGAACUUUAUGGUCUUCCAUUUUUUGCCCUUGACGAUUAUCAAGCCGACCAACUAGCAAAACAAGUUGUUUCUGCAGUUUCAAUUGGUGCUUGUUCGGUUUUAUUCAUCUUUUUGAUUGGUAUUUCUUAUAAUAGUAAGAAGACUCAAGUGUUUAGGUCAGUUUUAUUUUAUACUAAUGCCCUGAUUUUAUUAAUCCAAACCAUUAGAUCUGGUUUAUAUAUCAAUUAUUUACAGGGUGGGUUAUCUACUCCAAGCUUUUAUUUUACUGGUAUUUAUGACGGUAGUUCUUAUGCAAUUUCCGAUGCUUCCAAUUCUUUCAAAGUCAUUUUGGUGGCUUUAAUUCAAUUGUCUUUAACUUUUCAAGUUUAUGUGAUGUUUCAAAGACCAGGGAAAAACUUUUGGGGAAUUGCAGCAACUACGUUUAUUGGUUUGUUUUCAGUUGUUGUUGUUGCAUUCAAUAUAAAUGCAACUGUCUUAUCUCAUAAUAGAUUUGCUGCUUUCAUUAGACAAGAAUCUGUUGAAGUUGCCAAUGUUUGGAAUGACUUACCAACAUUAUUAUUUUCGAUUAACAUUAAUUUAAUGUCAGUGUUAUUGGUCUGUAAAUUAGCAAUGGCUAUCAAAACAAGAAGAUACUUAGGAUUAAAACAAUUUGAUGGGUUUCAUAUUUUAUUCAUUAUGUCAACCCAAACAUUAUUCAUUCCUUCAAUUGUUUUGUUUAUUCAUUAUUUUGUUGACAACAGUGGUGACUCUGAAUUGGUUCAAAUUAGUUUCCUUUUGGUAGUUUUGUCAUUACCAUUAAGUUCAGUAUGGGCUCAAACUCAACAUAAUGCUGAAAAAGUUAGUCAAAUUCCAAGUUUAAGUUUCCUCACUCGUGAAGCAAGUGAACAUGAUACUUUAGUUGGAAAUUCGCCACGUAAGUUAUUCAGUGGUUCAAGUGAAAAGAAUUCUCCAAUUACACCUCCUGGUCAAUUUAAUUUACUGGGCUUAGAUAAUUCUUUACCACCUGAUCUUGAAGACUUGUUAGAUGAUGGGAAUCCAAGUAAUCCACAAAUGAUUUCUAAGCUGCCAAUCCCCAUACCAACCAAUAAGAACAAGAUGGUAGCAGAACCUGUACAAGCAACAGUUCAGACUCUCAGACGGUUCUAUAAUCAAACGACUGAUUACAUAUCUGAUAAACAUGAUGUGUUUAUAAAUUCUGAUUAUUAUGAAAAAUUAUCCAACUUGAAUCCAUUUACAAAGUCAAAUGACUCAAUUCUUGCCACCAACAAUAAUCCAUGGUCUCUGCCGCCUCCAUUACCUCCAUCAUCAACUGCCGCCACCUAUGAUAGGGUAUGUGAUAAUAUUAGUAAGAAUAGAAUGAAAUAUCUUUCAAUCUUAUCUAUUGGGUUGGGAGCAACUGGUAUUUAUUUCCUUUGGAAACGGAGGGCAAAUAUGUCAGCAUCAAUGGAAAAGAGGACGAAGAGAAGAGUUCCAAAAUUACCUAAUGGAGCAAGAAGAGAUGUUAUUUUAAUAAUUGGGUCUCCUACGGAACCCUUAACUAGAUUAAUUGCUCUCGAUUUUGAAAAGAGAGGGUUUAUUGUCUAUUUGACUAUUUUGGAUGAAAAUGAUUUUAAAUAUAUUGAAUCAAAUCCAAUAACUGAUGAUAUUAAUUAUUUAAAUUUAAACGAAUCAAAGUGUAUGGAAGAUCAUAUUUCCAAAUUUAAUCAAUUGUUAAAGCUACCAGUUGUACCUUUCCCAGGAGCCAAAGCACACAAUUUAAGACUUGUAGGAGUCUUAUUUGCUCCAAGUUUAUACUUCCCGAUUGGACCAAUUGAAAAUAUUGCAAUUAGCACAUGGACAAAAUUGAAUGAUAGAUCGUUAACUUAUCUUAAAUUGUUAUCCUCGGGUUUAAUUCAAUUAAUCAGAAAACAAAAUUCAAAAUUAAUUUUAAUUAACCCCAAUAUCUUAAGUACAUUAAACAUGCCAUAUCAUGCCCCUGAGACAAUUUUCCAAAACCAAUUGAAAAACUUAUUCACAACUUUGACAAGAGAAUUAGCAUGUCAUGGAAUAUCAGUUACUCAAAUAAGAUUAGGAAACUUACAUAUCUCAAAUCAAAGAUUAAAUUCUCCUCCAAGAAUCGAAACUCUUGUCAAUACUGAAGUUAGAUCUUGGACUUCUGAGAUGAAAGAGUUAUAUUCUGAUGAUUUUGCCAAAUCUCAAUAUAAGGCAAAUCCAAUUAAAUCCACUGGAAGAGGUACGAGCUUAAGACAAUUGCAUUAUCUUUUAUUUGAUUUAAUAUAUAAUGAAAAGCGAAACCCGCCAGUAGUGUAUUGUGGAACUGGAGCUCGAGGAUAUGACUUAAUUGCCAGGAUAUUCCCGGAAUCUUGGAUUGAAAGAUUCUUACGUUAA